UUGUUUUAUCUGAUAAAAUAUCCCAUUAUACUCCCUCUCGCACUUCUCUUUCUACGAUUUCCCUUUUUUUUCGUCUAACCUUUUCUUUGCAGACUUUCGCAAAACCCUAACCCUAGCUCUUCAAUUUCUUCUUGCCAAGAUUAUGGGAGAAACAAGAGAAAACGAUGCUUAUGAAGAGGAGCUUCUUGAUUACGAAGAGGAAGAAGAGAAGGUUCCAGAUUCCGGAGCUGCUAAAACCAAUGGUGAAGCCGGGAAAAAGGGUUAUGUUGGAAUCUAUAGUUCGGGUUUUAGAGACUUCCUUUUGAAGCCGGAACUUCUGCGUGCAAUUGUUGACUCUGGUUUUGAGCAUCCAUCCGAAGUGCAACAUGAGUGUAUUCCCCAAGCUAUAUUGGGCAUGGAUGUAAUAUGCCAAGCAAAAUCUGGUAUGGGGAAGACUGCCGUAUUUGUUCUAUCAACCUUACAGCAGAUUGAUCCUGUGGCUGGGCAAGUUGCUGCACUUGUUCUUUGUCACACCAGAGAGCUGGCAUAUCAGAUCUGCCACGAGUUUGAGAGGUUCAGCACAUAUUUGCCGGGCAUUAAAGUUGCUGUCUUCUAUGGUGGUGUCAACAUCAAAAUCCACAAGGACCUGCUCAAGAAUGAAUGCCCACAUAUUGUUGUGGGUACACCUGGAAGAGUACUUGCACUAGCUAGAGACAAGGAUCUGUCACUAAAGAAUGUCCGUCAUUUUAUUCUUGAUGAAUGUGAUAAAAUGCUGGAGUCCCUUGACAUGAGGAGAGAUGUUCAGGAGAUCUUUAAAAUGACUCCUCAUGACAAGCAAGUGAUGAUGUUUUCUGCAACUCUCAGCAAGACAAUCCGUCCUGUUUGCAAGAAAUUCAUGCAAGAUCCGAUGGAAAUAUAUGUUGAUGAUGAAGCCAAAUUGACCCUCCAUGGUCUUGUACAGCACUACAUCAAAUUGUCCGAGCUGGAAAAAAAUCGCAAGCUGAAUGACCUUUUGGAUGCUCUGGAUUUUAACCAAGUUGUCAUCUUUGUGAAGAGUGUAAGUAGGGCUGCCGAGCUGAACAAACUUCUAGUGGAGUGCAACUUCCCUUCAAUCUGCAUCCACUCUGGCAUGUCCCAGGAAGAAAGACUUGCUCGAUACAAGGGCUUUAAAGAUGGGAAGCAAAGAAUCUUAGUUGCAACUGAUUUGGUUGGCAGAGGAAUUGACAUUGAAAGAGUUAAUAUAGUUAUUAAUUAUGACAUGCCAGAUUCUGCGGACACAUACUUGCAUCGGGUUGGCAGAGCUGGGAGGUUUGGAACAAAAGGGCUUGCUAUAACAUUUGUGGCCUCUGCUUCUGAUUCUGAUGUUCUCAAUCAGGUUCAGGAGAGAUUUGAGGUCGACAUAAAGGAGCUUCCUGAGCAGAUUGACACCUCUACAUACAUGCCUUCAUAGAUAAGAGGGGCUACAAUUGAGCAAAGGUCUCGAUCAUGUGCCGCAGAAUUACCUUAGAAAAUGAAGGAUGGAAUUAGAAAAUUUUGUUGGUGCAGUGGUUUUUGCUUUGCGUGAGCCGAUGAAUUCAGCAGUUUUUGCUGUUUCUGGAAUUCUAAAUGUAACCCCAUCUAUAUUUUAUCUGCAGUUUCCUGACCUUUACAAUAUAUGAAAUAUUGCAGGGUUUAUUGUGUUCAUUUUUAGGGUUUUGUUACUGUUUUGUUUAAUGACAUUUGUUGGCAUGGUUUUAGCAAAGAUUUAAUCCAGUUCAGAGCUUUUCUUAAAA